GUACCUUUCCAAUUUUGCAAGCUUUUAUUACCUGUGUUCGAAACUAUAAUCUGCGAUUUAAUCCACAAUAUACCGUUAUUUAUUCUAAUUGGAUCCUGAUUUAAGCAUUUCGUCGGUCCAUCAAUAACUCUCGUGACAUAAAGGCUUUUGCGAUACAGUGAGGCGUGAAUCAGCUGACUUUGAAGCUUUCACGCCGUAAACAAAAUGCUAAUUAAAGCUGCGAAGCAGAAAAGUUCUUUGAAAUAAAGCUUUCGCAUAAUUUGCAACAUUAUUUGAUUAUUUCGCGUGCAAAGUUCCUAAUUAGAGGUUUCAUUCAUUUUAGUUUGAAAUGUGGCAGAAAAGGAACGCUUAUAAAGCGGAUGGCGUUCUCUCAACAGUAAACGUAGUGGAAGCAUUACAAGAGUUCUGGCAACUCAAGGCAUCGAGAAAUGGCAACACAGCGAGUGGUGGUAGUAGCGCGCUAGUCAUCUACGAAUCAGUACCGGCUGCGCACCCGCCAUACGUCUGCUAUGUAACUCUGCCUGGAGGAGCUUGCUUUGGCAGUUUUCAGAACUGUCCAACAAAAGCGGAGGCUCGCCGCAGCGCUGCGAAGAUCGCACUUAUGAAUAGUGUCUUCAAUGACCAUGAGUCCAGAAGGAUAUCCGAUCAUUUCAUUGAGAAGGCCGUGGCGGAAGCACGCGCCUCCUUCGCGGGGGAUGCUGGAAGCCAUCAUCAGGAUCCGAAUGCUGGGAUUGCCGCUUUCAGAUUUAUGCUGGAAGCUAACAAAGGGCGUACAAUGCUGGAGUUCCAGGAAUUGAUGACAGUAUUCCAGCUAUUACAUUGGAACGGAUCGCUCCGCGCAAUGCGCGAAAGACAGUGCUCAAGACAAGAGGUGGUCGCGCACUAUUCAGCGCGGGCACUCGACGAUGCCAUGCGCGAGCAAAUGGCCAGGGAAUGGGCAUCCAGGGAACGCGAGGCAGCCGCUGGAGGUGGGGUCAUCAGGAAUGAGCUCGCCCGUGCGGAAAGGGAGCUUCGUGCUGCCAGGGUGGCUGCCAGGGAACUGCGGUUCCCGAAAGAAAAACGUGACAUACUCCUCCAAGCUGCUCGCCUUGCACCCCCUACUGGCAGUAGUGAUCUCACCGCGCGAAACUAAAUUUUGUUUUAUUUUAAUUAUAGUUAGUUUAAGAAUA